AUGGAUGAAGAAGAUGCCAUCCGCUACGAUAAUGCAAUUCACGAAAUUCAAACUGAUACUAGUAAAAUAGCAUCAAUAUUGAAAGAAAAUAUUCUUGUUACUACCUCCACCCUUAAGUCUUACAACAACACCCUAGAAGCAAUCAAAUCCAAUGAACAUGAACUAAAUGUUGCUAUCGACGCCCUAUAUGAAGAUAUAAAAAACCUAACUUAUAUUUCUAGAGAACUAGGAAUACGAUCCCGUAUUUUAGAAUUAACUUCUAUGCUAGAAAAUAGCCUUCUAGCCUUAUCAUUCAAGGUCGAGGAUAUAGUGAACUCAGUCAUGUUUGAUUUCAAACAACAGGUCCUGUCGGACACCAGACGGGCUGACGCUUUCGAUCUACGUCACAGCGCGCAUCAGUUGAGGAACGAAACCCGGAUCAAGACGGAAUGGGACAGCUAUCACAACAACAACCGUCUGCGAGCCAGAGUCUACGAGAUCGAGCAAUGGAGGUCCACGCUCCAAGAACUCCUAGAUCUUCUGGACCGCGAGAUGGCCAGUCUGAAGGAAGAGAAGGCAUCCACCGAGAGGGAGUUGGAACAACUGAACCUACCUCUACUCGUGUGCUCCGAAUGUCUGUCCAACAGAGACGGGAGAAGAAGCACGGAGUUGACUUACGAUCUUGCUGAUACUGAGUUGAAGAAGGAGCUCUGUGUAACCGAAAGCAACAAGAAAAUGUUGAUAGACAGAUGCCAGUCGGCCUGGGAGAAAAUCAACAAGCUAGAAGUAGUGAAGUUCAAGCUCCAAUUAGAUCUGAACGACAAGAAUGAGGCUCUCCAGAUUGAUAAGGACAUGCUCAACUUGGAUAAGGACUGCGCCAAUAUCACUUACAAGACUGACUCCUUGAAAACUCCGAAGAGAAUGAUAACCAACCAGCAAUGGCAGGACAAAUGCGAAGCUACAAAACAGAUGGCAAUACUCGAGCUUCAAGAUACACUGCGACUUCGAGAAUCUCUCUUCGUGGCUCGAGGUCGAGCAAGGAAUGCCUUAAGAGCGCAGACAGACGUCACGAACUACAUGCUGCGUAGACGCAUCUAUGAUACCCAGCGAGCUCGGAAUGAACUUGAUUGGCAGAAGCUGAAGAUGGAAGAAAACAUGGAUAAACUAGCAACAGAAUUAAAAACUAUGGGCGAACAGUUUGCCGAUAAGGUGAACGCGUUGAAAGUAGCUGAAACCCGCUUGGAGACGCGCGGAUAUCGGCCGGGCUAUGAGCUUGCGGCUGAUGAGGCUGAUAUAGGACUCAAGGAUGAAGUCCGAAGCCUGAGGGAAACUAUACGACAGUUACAAGAGAAGUUGGACUGUGCCAAAGCAACAUACAACGCGUUAGAAGCAGCUUCGAUCAAGAUUGGCAUUGAUUUGAACGACAAGAAUCAAUCUUUGGAGACAGACACUCGAGCCCUUGAAAUGAGAGCGGCCUUAGAACCAAAGAGACCUACGGGCCUGAGUAAGAACCUUGUUUUGGCCAGUAUGGCUGAUGAAGUUCCGAAAAUGGAAGCUUUCUAGACGCUACUAGAAACUUCGAGAAACACACAAAAAAUAGCAAAAUUGCGCGUGUCGGGUAGGAACUUAUUCUGAAUUUGUUUGUCACGAAGAAUUAUCAGGUUUUAUUCAUGUUGUUGGUUUCACAAAAUUAAAUUUUAUAAUCACUCUUAUAUUGUUUGUUAAACGAACAAUGUUGUUGUACAUUGUAAU